GAAUCAUAACAGGAAGCAGGUGAAGAGAGGUAAACAAUGAAGGAUUGUUGUUUUUCUGUAAGAAUAUUCAACCUUUUUACGUUCUGUGGAUCUCUGAUAUAAUCACAUUCUACACAUACUACAUUGCUAGUCUCUGUGUGGUCAGCUUUUUUUGUUACUAUUAAAAAAAAUAUUUAAUAUUUCUGCUGUUGACUAAAUUAGAAUUCGCUGUCUGGCCUGGUUUAGAUAAGAAUUGAUACUGGUCUCCAAAAUGGAUGACAACAAGAUGGUGGGAGGCAAAGUGAAGAAGCCAGGAAAGCGAGGUCGUAAACCAGCCAAAAUUGACCUGAAGGCGAAAUUAGAGAGGAGUCGUCAGAGUGCACGGGAAUGCAGGGCAAGGAAGAAGCUACGCUACCAGUACCUAGAGGAACUGGUCUCCAGCAGAGAGAGAGCUAUCUGUGCACUUCGAGAAGAGCUGGAAAUGUACAAGCAGUGGUGCUCUGCAAUGGAUCAGGGUAAGAUACCAUCAGAAAUCAAGGCAUUGCUGACAGGGGACGAGCAUAACAAAGCACCACAAAGCACAAGCAAGCCACCCAAAAAUGGAAAGAAUAAUGGAAACAACAAUGGUCCAUAAGGAAGACGUUUUUCAUCAAAGGAAUUGUGAAGAAAGAUUCUUCUUGCAUAUACAGUAUCUGGGUAAAAAAAAAAUAUAAAAAGGCAAAAUGCUUCCAUAUUUUAUAUUAGAAAGAAAUAUAUAUAUAUAUAUAU